AUGCGGCUGGACUCGCGGUGGCCCGCCCGGGCCCAUGCCGUUUUUGUUCUGUCAACUUUCAUGCUUGGUGAGACGACCCUUUCUGGCAACUGCCAAAUCGAGCUUCCGUACACAAUGCGGGCAUCGGAGAAGAGCACCUGCCAUGCAGCUUUGUCAUCUGUCCAAGCGGCCAUCACAGCAAAGGCAGUUUUUGCCCAGAUCCAGACGAACUACACGUUCAUCAACACCUUGAAAGACUCGCUGGACGAGCCAGAGCUUGUAUUGCCGUUGCCCAAGACGGCUAUUCUUCAGGGUUUUGCAGUGCAUGGGCAUGGGAACGGCUUGGCCGGCGACGUGGUGCUGAAGUCGGACGUUGUUCUGCCCGCAAAAUGUCCAAGCGGAGACAGUUUCAGCUUCUACCAAGCAGCCCUCCAAGGCCCCAGAUACAGGGUGCCGUUGGCAUCAAACAUGCAGUCCAUGCAGCCUGGUUCACAGGUCGUGCUUCAGAUUGACUACGUCAUGCAGUUAAAGACAAAGCAGAGACCGGGCUUCGGCCACACAUUUGCAUUGCAAGUACCUCUGCCAGCGGGUACGAGCAAGGACGCCCGGUCACUGUCGGGCUCUGGCCCGGCAGUCUCUGUCGAACUUGUAGGGGAGAGCAUGGAGUUGGAAGUGGAUGUGGCCGCCACCACGCCUGGUGUAGUGGUAAAGCGCUGCCCGACAGGAGUUUCGAACUGUUACAAGGUGGAGUCACCUGUUUUGCAAGAUGUAGCGCUCGAGAUUGCCAUGCCCAAGCGAGGACAAACUCAGGCGAAUCUAUACAGUCCUUUGACGCCUCUUCUCACCUUGCAGAAGCACCCCGCCACCGGCCAGGUUGCUGCAGCGCUGUGGCUGCCACCGGCUCUCGAUCUAGGCGAGGGUUCAAUGUUUGAGGUGUUCAUGGUGGUGGACGCGUCUGCGACCAUGCGUGGGCCACGCUUGGGGCGAGUACAGCAAGCACUGCGCUUUUUGCUGCGCAGCUUGCCCCGCGGCACGCGGAUGAACAUCAUCGGACACGAUGCGAACAAGCCCUUGGAGCCAAUGUUCGAAGAGAGCCGGAGGGUAGACGAGAAGACUUUCCAGGAGGUCAACCAGCAUCUGGCUCGGGAACCUGCAGCUCUGUCCACCUCCAGCUCCGAACCGCAAUCGGCCGAAGCUGUGCUUGGCGCCGUUUUCGACGUUGAGCGCCCGAUAUCCACACAACUUCGAGUACUUCUCAUCACGGACCGGCAUCCUCCAGAUCCGCAAAGAGCCAUUCAGCUGGUGGAGCAAAGCUGUUUGGAGGACUGCCGGCUCUUCUCGGCGGGCCUCGGAUGGAGCGCUUCCCCGAUCUUCGUCGAAGAUCUCGCAAAAGUGGGUGGAGGCAGCUUCUCUUACGUUGCAGAGCGCGAUUUCAAGCUCGGUUUGGAAAAGGCAUUGCUUUCUCAUCUCCUGGAUGGUUUGGUGCCUGUCAUUCGAGAUGUCCAUGUGAGCUGGGGAUCCUUAUUUGGUGCAAGUCUGCAGUUGAGUCUAGACCUGAGCGAGAUGGAUUUCAACAGUCGGCUGUUGUCCAUCGCGCUCAUAAACCCCUCGACCGAUGAAGGUGAGUUAGACCUGAGCAAGCUGAAGCAUCUUGACAUCCAAGCGGUUGUGGGAGGAGUUCAUAGAUCAAUGACAGCUUUUCAGCUCGGUAUGUCGAUGUCAACAGCCCUGCAUGCGGCUGGAGUAUCGCUUUUUGCCGAAGAUGCUCGAGAGAGUCCCCAGGGCUUGCCCGAAACCGUGCAAGAGGCUGCGCUUAUGCACCGAGUGGCGACCAGUGCGACGCAGUGGGUCUUCAAACCUUCCCAGGUGCAACAGGCGGUGCUAUGCGAGGGUCUGCCAGACUCCCCAGCGGCUUUAUCUUCUGCAUCAGACACCUCGAACCAGCGGGGCACGUUCACAUCGGGCCAGGACAGAAAGGAAAGCAUGCGGCAAAACCUGCUCUCUACCAGAGAGCGGCAGCAAGCCCCUCUCAAGCAAUUGGGCGAGAAGCUCUCCGCACUAGAUUUCGGAAGACUUGCUCUCAGUCUUUCCUUGCAGGACGACGGGGUCAACCAGAGAUUCAAGUCCUUUGGGAAGGCUGACUCUCAUGAAAAGCUCUCGGAGCGAAUGGAUGACUGGUUCAGGCCACGAUCCUCGAUGUUCUCAGUGCGUGGAUUCUCGCGUGCCGGUUCUGCUUUGUCCAUUAUGCCCGGAGGUUCACUGGGUCCCACUGGAACCACUGGAAACAAACACCCUUCGAGUAAUUGGCCUGGGGAUCUCUCUGAUGAGACCUGGCCAUUCCGUCAUGGCAGCGACAAAGACUUCUUAGCCGGGCACUUUGAGGACGUGAACAAAGGCCCCAAAGGCUCGAAGACCGCAGCAAGCUCCGGGUCAGAGCUUGUCACCCGCAACACGCCGUCGGGUCGUGCGAAGAAGGCUGCAGGUGUCGUCUCGCGCCUUUCUGUCCUGGACUUCUCCAUGCUUGGACAGCGACUGUCUUUACAGGGACUGCCGGGCUCGCGAGCACAAAGGAGUGUUCACUCGCGCUUAGAGUCGCUCUCGCUCUUUGACUCCAUGAUGGUGGGUUCAGGAGGUUCCUCAGCGUCCACUGGACGCAAGGACCCCUUCAAGAGUCGGAGCCAGGCACUGUCACUCCGAAGCCAUAUUGCAAUUUCCAAAAUUGGAGCUUCCCCAUCAAAGCAUUCGUCCUCGUGGGCAAAGCUUUCUGCAACAGGCGUCUUUACGUUGGCAUCAGAGCUGUCCAUCCGCAGACCAGAGAAGAGCUUCAGUAGAAGCAGAGGGUCCGGGCCAUCUUACGCGAGCUUCGCAGACUUGGCGGGGCAAGCCCACGAAGCUGCAAAUGCAAGGGCCGGCGAGGCCGGUGGACAGCUCCUUUCGGAUUCUUCCGUGCCAGCAGCUGCAGCAGAGAAGGAGGCCGAAGAGCCCUGGGCCCUGCAUGGAUGGAUUAGCAUCGAAGUCGCAGGUGGCAUCCUGCAAGGAGUCUGCCCGGUGAGAUAUACAAGUGAGGCAUGCUCUGAUGAAUCUGAGCAGGUCACAAUUCAUUGGAGACCUGGGCGAAAUGCCAGCCGCCGGAUGGUGCAGGUUUAUCUGACAACUGUGCCGCUGAUAUCCAUCAGCCAAUCCAUUCGCCUCGGUGAGGUGUCUUUUCCGAGUGCUUCGGACUCUUCGGACCCCCUGUCGCCGGAGCUCUUGAUUGGAUUCCAGGUCUCCAGAGCCUGUGAAGUUACUGUCCGAAGCAUGCAGGCAUCAGGCAAGCACCUUCACAAGUUGAUGAUGACUGCGAAUCUGGUCGCUGCUGCACCACAACAUUUCCAGGGAGCACCCCUGCAAGGCCCUCAGCCACUCGAGCUGAAUACUGGGAUUGGAGAGGCCUUGGUGAACCGACUGGGGGCUGUGCGACGAGGCUUUCCGACCAUGAGCAUAGCGAAAGCAAAGGCAGCUUAUGCAUCGCACGGUGCAGCAGGCUCUGCUGCAGAGCUGGCAGCUUGCCAUGCCAUUAUUUUCGCACAAACCUUUCAAGGAUACUUUGUGCUCGAACGUGCCGCUUUGGAGACGAUAGGGCUGAGUUGGGAUCACCUCCAGCUGCUGGCAUCUUUAUGGACAAUGAGCGCGCCGGUCGGAGCGGAGGUUGCGCACACAACCUUCGCCUUGAAUGUGCUAACGGAAUCUUUCCAAGAGGUGCAAGCCUCAUGGUAUCUGGCCGCUCGCCGUGCCGAAGCUUGGCUCAAGCAGCAAGUAGCAGGCCUUUCCUUGCCAGGCUGCCGAAAUGUAGUUUCUUGCUUCGAGACGGCCAGGAUAUUUGCGGUCAGAGAACGCCAGGAAAACAGAGCCAGUAGCCAGCGGUAG